UGUGGAGGAUUCUUUCCCAGGCAUCCACAGGUUGCCCGUGCUACACAGGGAAUGUAUCCGCUGUUAAGAAAGAGGCUGUAAUUUCAACAAGAAGGAAAGUGACACAACUUUUUCCAGGACUUUGGAGCGGCUGCGUAACUGCGUCCUUUCUGCGCGAUGACAGAAGUGGUCAGUCCAGCCUCAAUAAUGGACUCUGAGAUGAUGUUCCAACCUGAGUCAGAUCAGAUUUCUCCUGUUGAACCCAAGUCUCCACCUCUGGACCUGAUCGACACAGGGAAGGGGCUAAAGGUGCAGACCGCAACACCUCAUCUUGUGAGCCUGGGCAGCGGGAGGCUGAGUGUGGCAAUCACCCUGCUGCCUCUGAAAGAAGGGGUGACCCGUAUAGGCCGAGAAGAUGCUCCAAUUCCUCAAGACAUCACGGUCCAGGGGCUGGGCAUCGAGGCGGAGCACUGUCUCAUCUUCAAUGAAGGCGGGGUCGUGACCCUUGACCCCUGUGGUCAUCUCUGCAGCCUGGAUGGAGCCCAGGUCACAGUGCCGACACCUCUCACCCAGGGUUAUUCUCUGUGUCUGGGUAAAUCCUAUUUCUUCCGGUUCAACCAUCCUGAGGAGGCCAGCAGAAUGAAAAGCAUGCUUCCCCAGAAGAGCCCCGUGUCUGCCUUAGCCUACAACACAGACUACCUGAAGUUCAGCAGUGACUACGGCCAUGCAGUGGUGGGUGGAACCAGCAGCUCUAGAGGCAUGCGAUCGGCCUCCGAGCUCCGGGACUUGAUGGACACGCUGCAGCGCAAGAAGGUCGCUCUGGAGAACAGCCUCAGAGCCAACGGGAAUGCAAACCCCUCCUACUUCAGCGUGACACAGUCUCCCCCGACCACACCGGUCAACAGUCCUGCCACGUCCUCCUCAGCCUAUCAGGAACAGGCGAGACGUUUCUACAGCUCAGAUCGUCCUCCCAUGUCUCUGAAAUCCCCUCCUCCUUCUUCCCCUGGACGAAGGUCAGACUCCUCUUCUCUAUCCUCCCGCACCUCCAUCAAUCGCAGCCAGGACAGCUACGGCAUGAGCGACAGCCGACGACUGCACAACCAGGGCUCCUCUAGUCUACUGUCAACGUGGAACGGAGGGGGCUCCUCUGUUUCUGUCGACGGCAGCAACAACGUCCUCCUCUCUCUCCCGUCCUCCUCCGCGUCGUCCCGCACCCCAUCAGCAGGGGGGGCAGUCAGCAUGCCCUCAAGCCCCCGUCUUGGCCGCCGUAGCUUUGGCAACCAAGAGUCACUGCCAAGCAGUCGGACCAGGAAGUACUCGGCCGGCUCGCUUACUGGAAUGAUGGUUGGAGGGCACAGCCGCUCGCUGCCACGCCUCUGCCCCUCCCCAUCUCCCCGUGACCACAACAACGGAGUCCUGACCCUGUCCACUUUGCCCCCGCGGCGGUCUGACGUUGGGGGUUACAAAUACAGCAAAGAGCAUUAUAACAACCAAAAUGGCAGCACUGACCUCAACCACAACUCUGGAUACUCCAGUCAGCUUUCCUCUAACAGGAAUCAAAACCAGAAUGCCAGCAAGGGAGAGGGUGUCGUGUCCAUCUCCCUCUCUACCCCGAAGAUCAUGCCUCCCACCACUCCCUCCGUCCCCUCCACAGCUACCCCUCCUGAUGUGACCAUCCCCUCAAGAGCAGGCGGCUCCUCUUCUCCUCGAGUCGCUAAAAAACUCAGCCUGACCUCCACGAGCUCCGUGGGCUCCGUCACCUCCUUGAGCUCCAACACGACAGAGCUGACGAGUCGUGGAGUGUCUGCAGGAGUGGAAGCUUACCUGGCAGAGAGGGAGAGGGAGAGGGAGAGGAGAGGGGUUGGCCUUGAGCUCAGCGCUGCUCCUGGGCUUGGCGAGAGGAGGUCCUCGUUUGGAAAGGCCGGCUUGGAGCCUGGGAUGGGGCUGGGGGAGAGGAGGCAGUCAUUUGGAAAGGCAGGAGUGACCCCACCUGGAGGUUUCAGGGAGAGAAGGGGGAGCAUCAGCUCUCUCAGCGGGAAGGAGGAACUGACAGACUACCACCACCGGCAGAAAGAGGAGCGACUCAGAGAGCAGGAGGUGGAGAGACUGGAGCGACAGCGGCUAGAGACCAUCCUGUCUCUCUGCACGGAGCUGGGCCGGUCUGAGAGAGAGGGCCCGACUUCAGCCGUGGCCGAUCUCCAGAAGAUCAACCAGGAGCUGGAGAAGCUUCAAGUGAACGACGACGACGAUGACGACACACCGUCUGUCUUCUCGGACUCUUCGGCUGUUAAUGGAUCGACAGGGAACGGGCACAUCACCUCUUCGGGGUUGGAGAAUGGAUUCUACGAUGAUGACCUGCAGGUACGGCGGCGGCGCAGCAGCGGGCAGCGGGACUACAGGGCAGAGUCUCCUGCUGUCAGUGUGCGAAGCUUCGGCCCGUCUCCUUCUCCGAGAGCCCAGAGGACCAAUGAGGCCCUGGAUGAUGCAGCUCGUUACCACAGACAGGAAGUGAGGCCUUCUGAGGAGGAAGUGAGGCGUGUGGAGGAGGAGAGAAUCCAGGUGCUAAAUAACAUGGAGGAGGUGGAGCAGAAGAUCAAAGAGCUGGACAACCAGAUCGAUGAAUCUGCCCGAGAGGUGGAGGUUGAGCGAGCUCUGGUGGAGGCUGAGAUGGAGUCCGAGUCGGCCGCUCUCCAGCAGGAGAAAGAUGCUCUGGAGACUCUUCACAACAAGAUGUCUGACCUGGAGACCACGUCCCAGCAGGAAAAAGAUAAGGCGUGCGAGUUGCUGCAGGCAGAGAGGGGCAGAGUAGAGAGGUUGGCUCAGAUUGUGUGUGAGCAACGCUCCCAGCUGGACAGCUGCCCUGAGGCCACCAAGGAGCCCCUGCAGGAGCAGCUGGCCAGGGACUGUGAGGUGCUGGAGACAGAGACAAAGCGCUUUGAGGACCUCGAGUUCCAGCAACUGGAAAAAGAGAGCAGGCAAGACGAGGAGAAGGAGACCCACACAAAACAACUCCUCCGGGACAUCGCAGACUACCAACGAAGCACCGUCACUCGAAAGGAGCGGCUUUUAACGCUGAAGAAGCAGGCGGUACAGAUUACCCAGCAGGCUCAGCGAGAGAAGGAGAGCUUCAUGAAGGAGAGGAGCAACCUGGAAGCGAUGCUGCAGCGGGAGAAGGAAAACCUUGCAACGCUUGAAAGAAAAUAUGCUGACCUCACCGGUGGUCGAGGUUUCACUCUGAGGGAGGGCUAUGUCACAGUCAGUGAAAUCAAUGAGCUUUACUCACAGCUUGGGGGGGACCUUAGACCCACCCCUGCCUCUCCUGAGUCCACUUCAAACUCCGUCCCUGAUGACGACAACCCCAAACCACCUGAGGAUGAGCAAUUCCGCCUGCUGGAGGAGAGAAAGAGAUCUGAGAGAGAGUACAGCUCCCAUCUGAGUGACACGUUACCCCGGAAGAGGACUACACCCACCAUGACCCCCCAGUUUACAUGUGCAACACUGGGACGCAGCUUCCCCAACAAGUCUCAUCAGCCUCUGGUGCAGAGCACAAGCUGUGGCAGCAUUCUUCCAAGAAUUUUCUCCUUAUCCAAUAAGGAGACAGAACCGAGGCGUCUGCAGAAAGGUCAGCCCAGCUCUCGAGCAGCUUCCCAGACCAACGUCUACCUUGAUACCUUUGGGUACCGGGGCAAUCAGGCCUUUGACACGAUAAGUGUUGACAGCACUGACUCCAUUGAAACCAGCAUCUCCGCCUGCUCACCUGACAAUGUCUCCAGUGCCAGCACCUCCAAUAUGGUCAAGCUAGAGGAGAUGGAGCGCCUGCUGAGGGAGGCCCAGGCAGAGAAGAAGUGCCUCAUAGAAGACAAGGAGCGAGAGAUGGACAUGCGAAAGCAGGCACUGGAGGAUGAGCGCAAAAGAAGGGAGGAUUUGGAGAAAAGGUUACAAGAGGAGACGUGCAGACGGCAGAAACUCAUCGACCGGGAGGUGAAGCUGCGGGAAAAACAGAGAGCACAGUCUCGGCCUCUGACACGAUACCUGCCCGUGCGGAAGGAUGACUUUGACCUGCGGGCUCACAUUGAGUCUGCAGGACACAGCACAGACACGUGCUUCCACCUGUCCAUCUCUGAAAAGACCUGCCGUGGAUACCUGAUCAAAAUGGGAGGCAAAAUCAAAACCUGGAAGAAACGCUGGUUUGUGUUUGACCGUAAUCGACGAACGCUCUCCUACUAUUCAGACAAACAUGAAGCCAAGUUGAAAGGAGUUAUCUACUUCCAGGCUAUUGAAGAAGUGUAUUAUGAUCACUUAAAGAAUGCACAUAAGAGCCCGAACCCCACCCUGACCUUCAGCGUGAAGACUCAUGACCGGGUCUACUACAUGGUGGCUCCCUCUCCAGAGGCCAUGCGGAUCUGGAUGGAUGUGAUCGUCACAGGAGCGGAGGGAUACACUCAGUUCAUGGUGUAGGAGGAGGGAUCGGAUGCUGCCGUGACUCUUUGUAGCUUUGAAGACUUUUUUAUUCCUUUUUUAUGAACAGAUAUAAAGUCAUCCAUGCUGGAGAGUUAACACACAUUCUGUUAUAUACACAGUCAAGGUUUAGUUCUCACUCAAGCACAGAUAAUCAGCCUUAUUAUGGAGGACUCAUGUGGGGCGUUUAUGUGACAUGUGGCAGAUAUGAGAUGAUGGUUUGAACUUGUUUGAGUUUUAUCCAUGAGAGGUGAAUGUGCUGUGGUUCACCUCUAUGCAUCAGCAUGCAUUGAACACAAAUGAUGUCAGAGAAUUGUUUACCUGACACUUUGUUUGUCAUGAAGUUUUACAUCCCAGACUGUUACUCAAAUGAGGAUCAAUCAAUCAAGGAUUGGCCUGCUGGAGAUACUGAAAAAACAGCCAAUCAAUGAGGCCUUAACACCAAGCAUAAUAAGGAAGUAUAUCAGUGAUGGGGUUGGACAUGCUAACGGCUAACUUCAACUACAGAGGAUUAAAUGUUGAAAUGGUUCUGUCAGUGUUCAACCAUGUCAUCUGUUUUUAUCAUUUUUAUAUAUUUCGUUUGAAAAGUAAGCGAUGCAAAUUAAUUUAGUUACAUUAGUUCCAACAUGUUUUAAUCAUUUGGGUUUAAUUUCAUGUACUGUUACCGUGCCUUGGCAUUCUCAGGUCUGAACCAUGUGUGUGUGGACGUUCAUUCAUAUCUGAGUCCAUACACACUAACUACAGAAGUGCCUGUUUUAUGUGCUUACACGUUUAUUUACUGUGAGCUCCAAAUGUAGCUCCAAGGUGCUAUUCUUUACAUGUUGACACUAGAUAUUCAAACCGCACCCUCGUUUAAAAAACAUACAUAUUGGGGUGUAAUUGUACAAUCAAGGUUAUUUUUAGCAUAGAUGACUGCUCUGAGUUUAUUAUAGUGUUACCACAGACUCAGAAAUGAAGCUCAGACAGCUGGUAGAACAAAGUUACUGCAAGUGACUUGUUAUUUAAAUGAAAUGAGUAUAAGAAGCAUAAAGAAGUGACUUCUAUAAGACACACAAGUUUAAUAUUUGUACAUUUUGUUUUUAAGUUGUAGCUAGUUUCAUGAUAGUUAUUACAGUUACUGUCAAUAAUCAACUCAAGACUCUUUUUGGUGCCUUUUAUCACAUUUUAGUGACAGUAUUUUAAUGUGUCAUCAGAUUUUAAAGAGCUAUGUGUAUCUAUAAACUAAAAGCCAAACUAUGGGUGGUGAGGAAACUCAAAUGUGGACACACGGUCCUGAUUCGUCUUUACAGGCGUCAAUAGGAAAACAUUGAUGGUACUCACACUCAUGUAAAAAGCCUUGAGUCAUAAAGGCCGACUGAAUAUUAUGCUGCUCUGGUCCACCAGCUUUCAAUGCUUUUCCUACCACUAACUCAGCCAUGGUUAUUCCACUUUGAACACCAGGGCUGCUUUUUGUAUCAUGUAUUGUCCUCAUCUGAUCAGUGAGUGUUUCUUUUGCCUCCUGCAUUGUUUUGUGUUCUGUUUUAUGACCAAAGUACAUGUUUAUACGGUGAAAUGUAUAUGUGGAUUCUCUGCUUUGACUACUCUUUGGUUUCUACAAUGACACAAAGAUGAUAUGUGUUGUAUAAGACAAGUACAUGACUGUUUCCACCAAUGAAAGGAGCUGUUGUAGAGGAAGCUUUACUCUUCUUUGAAUCAUUAUUUUCUAAUGUUGAUCCGACUGUAUUUAUGCCAUAACCAAUGCAUAUAUCUUAAUUUUAUAUUCCUAUAAGAAUAAUAAAUGAUUUAUUUUACCUUUAACUAA